GUAAAAGCGUCUCAGGUUAUGAAAAAUGAAGAUUAAACACCUACAUUUGAUGGAGUUGCUAAAUAAUAAAUUAAACUUUUUAACAGUGGACGAAAUCUGAUAAACGUCAACUGUUAUACCACGUACAAAAUAGGGUGUGGUUGUAACCAAUUAUAAUGAGUACUACGCAAAAAUUUGUAUGUUUCGCUUUGGCGGCAUCGAUAAGGUUGCUACUGAUAUAUUCCGAAUAUCAAAAAAUCAUCGCAGACAGAGUCGAAGUAUCCACAGCACUUAAUUCGUGGAAAAAAGUUACUGAGGGAGUCUACCUACGAGAAGCUGGUAUCGAUCCUUACACUGGCGAUCUGUUUCACGAAAGUCCUAUAGGCCUUGUCGUCUUCAGUUAUAUGCAAAAGUAUUUGUCAUCGUGUAUAUUAUGUGGCAUAUUCGUCUUCACGGAUUUGGCCACGGCAUGGAUUCUGGGUCUGACUGCUUAUCGCUACACGACGCAACUAAUUGCCACAGAACAAAAGGACAUCCAGGAACGUAAGAAGCAAUCUAAUGAUACAGAAGUAUCUGCUCUAUCUUCAUCAAUGUCCAUACCAGCGUCCAGCGUUACGUCUUCCGCUUUACUUGUACCUUCAGCUUACCUUUUCAACCCAUACGUAGUUUUUAAUUGUGUAGGAUUAACCACAACGGUUUUUACGAACUUUCUGCUAUCCGUGGCUCUACAUUCCAUGAUAAACAAAUCGAGAUUAUGUAGUUGCUUCACUAUAGCCGUUUUAACAUUACAAGGACUUUAUCCUAUCACUCUGAUGGUACCUGCCACAAUAUACUUGGCACGAAACGAAGAAGGUAAAAGUAAAAAUAUUCCCUACGGAAGUAUCAUUAAGACAAUAGCGAUGUUUAUUAGUAUUCUGACCACAUUAUAUUACCUUUCCUACAAAGUAUCAGGGAGCUGGUCAUUUUUGCACAGUACCAUCGGUUUCAUUUUAACAGUACCUGAUCUGCGGCCCAACAUCGGGCUGUACUGGUACUUCUUCACAGAAAUGUUUGAACACUUUAGGUGGCUAUUUGUUGCAUCAUUUCAAAUAAACGUAGGCCUGCUCUACGUUGCUCCGCUCGCGCUACGAUUUCGUCGCGAUCCUAUGCUCCUGGCCUUCUCAUAUCUCGCAAUCGCGGCUAUUUUCAAAUCCUACCCUUGCUUAGGAGAAGUUGGAUUUUAUAUGGCUCUACUACCGAUGUGGAAGCAUCUGUUUCCGCAUAUGCAGCAAGGAUUUAUUGUCAGCUGCUUCCUUUUGUCCUGCACAGUGUUUGCUCCAACAGUUUGGCACCUGUGGAUUUACUCACGAUCAGCAAAUGCGAACUUUUACUUUGGUGUCACGCUAGCCUUUGCUAUUGCACAAAUAUUUCUAGUUACCGAUGUUCUCUUUGCCAGCGUCAAACGAGAAUUUUCUUUGCGCCACGGCCUGUCUAGAGAAAUCCACGGAAAUACUGGCAAACUUUUACUCGAAUAAGCUCCAUAAGAUGUAUUUUUACACGUACAUUCCGUGUCCAGAUUGUAAUGACGUUCGGAGGUGAAAAAUCAAGAUGUAAUCUAGAGAAGAUGGAACUGCACAUAUAAGCAUUCAUUUGAAAAUUGGAUGCAUAACGUUAAUUACGACGUUCAUAAUUUUUAGUCGAGAAUUCACAAUGAAUUUAAUCUGGCGAAAAUAUCCCGUUAGCCGGGGUAACAACAGUCCCGCGUUAUGACUCACGAACGAUUAAAAAUGUAAUUCAUCAACAUUA